AUGGAGCACGCCAGAAGUUCCAUACCCUUCGGCGAAGGCUCUCGGGCUACCUUGAAUGAUACUGCUCGAGCAGUUACGGGUGGCUUAUCAUCAAGACUACAGAUGAUGAAUAUAGGUGAAGUAUCGAAGAAGGGCAUGGAGUUUUGUGCCUGGAAGGCCAUUCGAGCUUUCCCAUAUGCCUACGGUAACAAACAGAAUCAAGAAUUGGUAGGAGAGACCUUCAACUUGGUCUUAUUUAAGAAUCGUUCUUGGGAUGCCUACUAUCUGUCUGACCCAAGCGGACUUGGCAGAGAUCCCCUUCUCCUGGUUCCCACUUCCCAAUUCAAGGACUUCCUCAAUGUCGUCAGUAACCAGCUGAACCUACCGCUCUCCAUUCCAAGGGGCCAGGCGGGUGAGAAAUUCUCCCUUGCCUUUGGAAAUUGGGGAUUACCUCUUCCUCACUUUUUGGGUCGCGCUCGGAGCCUCGACGAUUUAGAGCGGCUCAAGAACCAAGCCAAAGGGCUCCCCAAAGAUGACUUAACAGGCCUGAACGCGUCUGCCUUGGAGGUCUUCAAGAACAAGAUGGAGGAGAUACACAAUUCCAUUAAGUCAGGCAAGAAAAAGAAGAACCCCGAAGCGACUAGAAUUAAGAGGAUCGAGCGCCAAAAGGGUUACGGACGAAUGAUCAAACGAUCACAGAGGUACCUCGGACUUCUCCGAGGCCGCAAUGAGUUUGGGUUUGGAUUCAAUCCUGGGGCAUCGAUGGCAACAUGGGACGUGGACAAGCCAGUUCCGUUCCAAACGAAGGAUUCGGUGCGAUUUGUCUGUGUCGAUGUUGAGGCGUGGGAGAGGUCAAGACAUGUAAUUACCGAAGUAGGAUUCGCAGUCCUCGAUACCGAGGACACAAGACGUAUCCCGCCGGGUAAGGAUGGUUGUAACUGGUUUGAGUUGAUCAAAUCCCGCCAUUUCGUAAUCCGAGAGCACAUGGACAAGAUCAACUCGACCUAUGUCCAAGGAUGCCCUCAACUGUUUGGGUUUGGCGUUUCUGAAUAUGUCUAUUCCAGGGAUAUUGCUCGGAUGAUAGGUACUAUUAUCGGAGACACGGAAUCCGAGGAUAAACGGCCAGUCAUCAUGGUCGGGCAUGACAUGGCUCAAGAUCUCAAUUAUCUCACGAAAGUUGGGUUUAACGUCUGGCGAGUGCCGCACUUUACGGACGAGAUAGACACGAAAUCGAUGUUCCAACGUCUUCGGAAGACGGCCAAUGGCCGUGGCCUUUCCACUGUUUGCGAGGAGUUAGGGAUACCAGGCUAUAACUUCCACAACGCAGGGAAUGAUGCGACGUACACACUCCGUGCCAUGAUAGCCAUGGCGGUGCAACAAGCGGCCAAGGACUUUUCAAGACAGGGGUAUAACAAUGCUAUUGAACCAGGGGACGACGAGUGGAGCGACGGUGCAUUAGACGAUGGAGGUCAACCUCAAGUAUCGUCAGAGCCGGUUCCGAAUACAGCUCACCUUCCGCCGAGAGCACAAGGAGAAUGGUGA